UCUCUCUUUUCUUUUCUUUUGAUUAUUUAAAAUGGCAGCAAUGUCUAAAAUAGAACCAAAGUCCACUUCAUGGAACAGUGCUUUAUCAGAUCAAAUGGUAUCUCCAUCUUCAUCAACGUCAACAGUAUCAGCACUUUCAAUAAAGAAACCAAGUCGAUUAGGAUCACUAUUUAAUAAUCACAAUAAUCAACGAUUGAAGAUGACUAAUAAUACAUCAAGAACAAUAUCAUCAUCACCACCGCCCUCUCCUUUGAAUAGACAAGAUAGUACGAGCGCUCAAAGCUCAAAGAGUAUCGAUAAUCAUCAUGACAUGUCGAUAUCACCAUCACCAUCGUCUCACCAUCGUCUCGGACGAUCCAUUGGUAGCUUUAUCUCUAGCCCUGCCACUUGGACCAAAAAGCAUUUUCAUCCGGCUGAUCAUCAUCACAGUCCUGUUAACAAUGUACCAAGACUUCAUGAGAAAUAUGGAGAAUACGUGAAGCCGAUAAAGAAAUCGAAUACCAAGGGAACAGGAGCCACCAAUAAAAAUAACAUCGCAAGUGGCGCAACAGCUGUCAUACGACUCGUCAAAUCACCUAAAGAUGGAAGUGUCUUGGCAGUCAAAGAGUUCAGAAAGAGGACAAAGGAUGAGGACGAAAAAGAGUAUCUGAAGCGUAUGCAUAAUGAAUAUUGUAUCAGUAAAACUGUCAGUGGACAUUUACAUGUAGUCGAGACGAUGGAUCUUGUGGUAGAUGAAUAUGAUAGAUGGUGUACUGUUAUGGAAUAUUGCGAAGGUGGUGACUUGUUUAACCUCUUGUUUGAAAAAUCUAACUUACCGGUCGGAGAAUGCGAUUGUCUGUUCAAACAGCUGAUGCUUGGUUUACAGCACCUUCAUCAUCUCGGUAUUGCUCAUAGAGAUAUCAAACCGGAAAAUCUCAUCUUGACAAAAGGUGGCACCUUAAAGAUUGCCGACUUUGGUGUGGCAUCUGUUGUGCAGACAUGCUUUGAAAAGGAAUCUCAUAUGUGCUACAAAUGGUGCGGAUCUGAGCCCUUCUGGUCUCCUGAGAUUUGGUCGCUCAAGAACGAUGACGAUGGCUAUGAUGGUCAAGCCUUGGAUAUUUGGAGUGCAGCCAUCACGUAUUUCUGUAUCCGGUUUCAAAAACUCCCUUUCAAUGCCGCUUUUUUCACGGGUAAACCUUCCUCCAGUCCCCCUCCUGGGGCUAUUUCCGGAUCUCCUGCCUCUGUUGCUGCUGCUGCCGCUGAUGGCGGUGAUAGCGCUUAUGGUCAGUACGUUCAACAACGUCAAGAAGGAGAUCCCGCUGAUUGCCCAUUCUGGGAUGAGUUCAAGUUGUCUGAUCAUCAUAUCAGAGAAUGUUUGGCUGGCAUGAUGGAUCCAGACCCCAAGACUCGAUGGAAAGUAGACCAAGUGUUAGAGUCGACUUGGAUGAAGAAUGUAGAAUUAUGCGUUGAUGGUGCCUUGUCUAAUGGAUGGAGACAUUAUCAUUGCUUAUCUUAAUGUAAUAUAAUAGACUUAUUUAUAUUUAUACAAACUUUACAUGCAAACACAAAUACACACAUAUACAUACACAUACAUUUAUAUCCACACAUAAUGAUUUUGGGAAUCUUGUAAAAACAAUAGCCGUCAUAAUCGAUUACAAAUCCACGUGUAAAGGCAAUAAACUGUAAUUUUUGCUUAUUUUAGAUAAAAGAAAAGGUGUGCGAAUCAAAGGAAGGUGUUAUGAGCAGAGUGUUAUCC